UGCCAUUAACAAACGCCGGCGACACGAGGAAAGAGAAGCGAAUUUUUGUAGUGAUUUUGCAAAGCAACAUAAUAAAUGUGCUUCGAAAUACCAAGUGAUUUGCAAAAGAUUAUUUUUUCAUAAUUUAAUAAUAAUAAAAAAAUAAAAUCAGAAAAUUAACUUAUUAAAAAAGUGCUUUUGCGAAAAACUAAAAGAUUGACAACCCCUCGUACACACAUUGCGAAAUAAUAGCGUUUGGUUUUGUUUGUGAGGUGAAGUGGAGAGUAAAACAAACGUUGUAGAACAAACAACAAGAAAAGAAACACACAAAAUAAAAAAGGUAAAAGUUGAAAAAUUAAAUUACCGGUUGCUUGUUCUAGCUCCUUUUAUACUCUCCCUAAUUAAAAAAAAAAACGAAGAUUCUCAUGAUAAUUUAGUAUUUUAGAAGUUGAAUUUAUUUAGAAACAACAGAUGUCUUCGAGUCCUCAAGUAGAACAAGCAGCUUCCUCCUCGACUCUUGAGCAACCAGCAGCCAAGAAACGGAAGCUUGCAUCGAACUCUUCGCCAACCUCCACUAGCCCUCCUCUAAAUAACAACAAUAUUAGCGGAAGCGGCAACAGCGAAGCCGACGUUGAUACGACCAGCUGCAGCAACGACGCCGUCAGUAGUGUUAGUGCUAGCGGUGGUGGCAAGAAAGAGCCAGCUGGUGUUGAUAGUUCGUUAGUAUCGUCGUCCUGCUCAGUUGUUUCGUUAAGUGGUGAAAACGCAGCCGGCUCAUUCGUUUCAACAACGGGCGAGAGUAGUGGCAGCAGCGGCGGCAUUAUUAGUACAUCGUCAGCAGUGGAUAAAGAAAGCAAAGUUAUAAAAAGUGUUGACCAGAAAACUUCCUCGUGUAUUGUUGAGCAACAAAAAGAAGUAGUGGACUCCAAUAAAACGACAACAAAACAAAAAACUGCAGCUAAUAACUCAGCGGUCUCCUCGACAACCAGUAAUAAUAGCACCAACACAUCAACAACAACAAACAGCAGUAAUAACACGGAUACAACAACAAUGGCUACGAACUCCCAAAAUGCUAGUGGAACUGCUGGAUCUUCCGCUGGCAAUGAUAUUGAUGAAUCUUUAUACUCGCGCCAAUUGUAUGUAUUAGGUCAUGAUGCUAUGCGUCGUAUGGCCAAUUCGGACAUUUUAUUAUCCGGUUUAAAUGGUCUGGGCUUGGAGAUAGCUAAAAAUGUCAUCCUGGGUGGUGUUAAAUCCAUCACUUUACAUGACACCGAUAAUUGCACAAUCAAUGACUUCUCUUCACAAUUCUAUCUCUCCGAAGCGGAUAUUGGUAAAAAUCGUGCUGUUGCCUCCUGCGACAAGCUAUCGGAAUUGAAUAAUUAUGUACGCACUUCAUCAUAUACCGGAGAAUUAACUGAAGAUUUUAUUAAGAAAUUCCGUGUCAUUGUCUUAACCAAUGCCAGCGAUGCUGAACAGCAUCGUAUUGCAAAAAUUACACACGCCAAUAAUAUCGCUUUAAUUAUUGCCGAAACAUGUGGUCUCUUUGCCAAGGUCUUUUGUGAUUUUGGUGAAAACUUUACCAUUUACGAUCAGGAUGGUGCCCAGCCUAUCUCAACAAUGAUUGCUAGUGUUACACGUGAUUCACAGGGUGUGGUCACAUGUCUAGAUGAGACUCGCCACGGUUUGAAUGAUGGUGAUUAUGUGACCUUUUCCGAAGUACAGGGUAUGACUGAAUUAAACGGUUGUGCUCCUUUGAAGAUUAGUGUUUUGGGUCCUUAUACCUUUAGCAUUGGUGAUACCAGCAAGUUCAGUGAUUAUAUUAGUGGUGGCAUAGUGACACAAGUGAAAAUGCCCAAGACUAUUAGUUUCAAGUCUUUGGAAGUGGCCGAAAAGGAGCCAGAGUUCCUAACAUCUGAUUUUGCUAAAUUUGAUCAUCCCGCAACAUUGCAUGUUGCCUUCAAGGCUUUGCAUCAAUAUAAAGAGGCAAAUGGUGGCAAAUCACCACGUCCUUGGAGUGAGGAAGAGGCUCAGAAAUUCUUGCAAUUGUGUAAAACUAUUGAUGAAAAUGUGGUUGAAAGCUUAGUGCUAACAUUCGCCAAAAUUUGUUCGGGCAAGACCUGUCCCAUGGAUGCUGCCAUGGGUGGUUUAGUGGCCCAAGAAGUAUUAAAGGCUUGCAGUGGUAAAUUUACUCCCAUCUAUCAAUGGCUGUACUAUGAUGCUAUUGAAUGUUUGCCCGAUGGUGGUGUGGAGGAGGCUAAUGCCCAACCCGUAGGCUCCAGAUAUGAUGCCCAAAUUGCCAUAUUCGGCAAAAAGUUCCAAGAGAAAUUGGGUGAUAUUAAGUACUUUAUAGUGGGUGCUGGCGCUAUUGGUUGUGAGCUGAUUAAGAACUUCGCCAUGAUUGGUGCUGGCAUAGGCAAUGGUCAACUCUUUAUUACUGACAUGGAUCUCAUUGAAAAAUCGAAUUUGAACCGUCAGUUCCUCUUCCGCCCGAAAGAUGUUCAAAAGCCCAAAGCUCAAACUGCAGCCGCUGCCAUCAAGCAAAUGAAUCCGGAUGCCAAGAUUACCGCCUACGAACUGCGUGUUGGUGCCGAAACUGAAAAGGUAUUCUCUGAAGAUUUCUUUGGCAAAUUGGAUGGUGUUACAAAUGCUUUGGACAAUGUUGAUGCUCGUAUUUAUAUGGAUCGCAAAUGUGUUUUCAAUCGCAUUCCCCUGGUAGAGUCUGGUACUCUUGGCACCAUGGGUAAUGUCCAGGUGAUUGUACCCUUCUUAACUGAAUCGUACAGUUCAUCACAAGAUCCCCCAGAGAAGAGUAUACCCAUUUGUACUUUGAAAAAUUUCCCCAAUGCUAUUGAACACACUUUGCAAUGGGCACGCGAUUGUUUUGAGGGCAUAUUCACACAGACAGCUGAAAAUGCUGCUCUCUAUGUGUCAGAUCCCAACUUUAUUGAACGUACUCUGAAAUUGUCGGGAGUACAACCUUUGGAAACUUUAGAAUCUGUUAAGAAAGCAUUAAUUGAUGACAAACCUAAAGACUUUGCUGAUUGUGUUAAAUGGGCUCGUCUCUAUUGGGAGGAACAGUAUGCCAAUCAAAUUAAACAAUUGCUGUACAAUUUCCCUCCAGAUCAAGUCACCUCCAGUGGAGCUCCCUUCUGGUCGGGACCCAAACGUUGUCCAGUUCCUUUGGCAUUUGAUGUCAAUGAUCCCUUGCACUUGGAUUAUGUUUUGGCUACAGCUAAUCUACGCGCUGAAGUCUAUGGCAUACCACAAGUUCGUAAUCGUGAAAUUGUAGCCUGUCUGGUACAGCAAAUUUCGGUGCCCGAGUUUAAACCACGCUCUGGUGUUAAAAUUGAAACCAACGAAGCUGCUGCGGCCGAAGCCAAUCAUCAUGACUCUUCGGAAGUCGAUCAGGAUCGCGUCAAUAAAAUACUCAACGAAUUGCAGUCAUUGGACAAAGCCAGUUUGAGUAUUAAUCCUUUGCAAUUUGAAAAGGAUGAUGACAAUAAUCUACACAUGGACUUUAUAGUGGCCGCCUCCAAUCUAAGAGCUGCAAAUUAUAAAAUUCCACCCGCUGAUCGCCACAAGUCCAAGUUAAUUGCUGGUAAAAUUAUGCCAGCCAUUGCUACCACCACCUCCCUGGUAUCUGGUUGGGCUGUAUUGGAAGUCAUCAAACUUAUUAUGGGACACAAAGAUCUGGCUAAAUUCAAGAAUGGUUUUGCUAAUUUGGCUUUGCCAUUCAUUGCCUUCUCUGAGCCUCUACCAGCUGCUAAAAACACCUUCUAUGGCAAGGAAUGGACAUUAUGGGAUCGUUUCGAAGUGCCCGGUGAAAUGACUCUACAAGAGUUUUUGGACUACUUUGAACAGAAGGAAAAACUUAAAAUCACCAUGUUGUCAGCAGGCGUUUCUAUGUUGUUCUCAUUCUUUAUGCCUAAAGCCAAGUGCGCCGAACGCCUGCCUUUGCCUAUGUCGGAAGUGGUGCGCCGUGUCUCCAAGAGACGCAUUGAGCCACAUGAACGUUCUUUGGUCUUUGAAAUCUGCUGCAACGAUGAGGAGGGAGAAGAUGUUGAAGUACCCUAUGUGCGGUACACUUUGCCCUAAAGUUAUUCAUCAUAUAAUAAAAACUUAACAUAAACAAACAUCUCUACACAAACACCAAUAAACAUUAAAAAAAUUCAAAAGAAAA